UCGCUCUGUUGUAUAUGUGAUAGGCCUACCUAUUUAUGAAUACGAAGUAACAGAAACUGUCUGCUGGUAUCUGUCUCUUUAGGUGUGUUCAGCCUGUAUGACCAUACACGGAACCCGGAACCCGCGCACCUGUAAACUGACGUCAUACGCUGAAAGUACCUGCAGCAACUCGUUCAGCUGAACUCAGUCACUUACUGAAGCUACUUUCUGGAGAGAAGACAAAGAAGCCACGGCCAAUACUCGAAAAGGAAUAUAUUUAUAAUUCACUUUUUUUGGUUUACUUUUAUUGCGAGGAAUAUUGAAAGAGGAUUUACGGACAAAUGGGGACCGCUGGGCUCGCGGUUUUGGGCAUUUUAAUCGUCGUUUUUCAGGCCUCUGCUUUAGUGACAAAUGAGGAGCCAACAUGUGUACCUGGAUUCGAGUCAGAUAUGUUGAUUUUUAAAGUGUCCAGAAAGCACCUGAAGCAGAACACAAGACUGGGAAAAGUGGGCUUCACUGACUGCACAGACCGCACAAGAUUUGUUUUUAGCAGUGAUAACAGCCAUUUCAUGGUACAGACAGAUGGCAUAUUGAAGGUAAAAAGACAGACUGAUAUUCAUGGACACCGGGAAUUCAUUAUCCACGCCUGGGACUCACAAGGUCGCAAAAUGAGUGUUCGUGUCAGAGUUUUGCACCAUGGGCAUCACCAUGAGGGGCAUCACCAUGAGAGCCACCACCAAAAUGUUGAACAUCGCCAUGGUGACCACAAAGGCAACAACCAUCAACACCACCAUACUGAAGUGGAGAAUGCUAAUAACGCAGAGAGUGCAACUGAUCAACCGGUGCCCAUUCUGCAAUUUCCCAAGUCUGUUGAGGGGCUGAGGAGGAGGAAGAGAGAGUGGGUUAUUCCACCACUCAGUGUUGUUGAGAAUGACCGAGGACCCUACCCCCUAAAAGUAUCUCAAAUCCGUUCUAAUGAGGAUAAAACAAAGAAGAUCUUUUACAGCAUCACUGGUCCAGGAGCUGAUCAGCCUCCUGUUGGCCUUUUCACCAUGGACAGAAACACUGGUAAUCUGUAUCUCACACAACCACUGGACAGAGAGAAACAAGACAACUACAUGUUUCAAGCCCAUGCUGUAGCAGAAGGUUCAGGAAAUGCUGAGGUUCCUAUGGAAAUUAUAGUGAAAGUAAUUGACCAGAAUGACAACAGACCUGUCUUUAAUCAAAGCACCUUUGUGGGACAAGUUCCUGAGGCCUCACCAAAAGAUUUUGAGGUGAUUAAGGUUGUGGCCACAGAUCUUGACCAGCCAGAUACUGACAACUCAGAUAUCCGCUACCAUCUGAUGAGCCAGGAACCAAAGUUUCCCAGUGACUUCCUGUUUGUUAUCAACUCAGUCACAGGAGUCAUCAGAGUCAAUGCUGGUGGCCUAGACAGAGAGAAAUACCCUGAAUACACUCUGGUGGUACAAGCAGCAGACAUGAAGGGAGAAGGAUUGACUGGAGAAGCUAAAGUAAUCCUUACUGUCACAGAUAGCAACGACAAUGCUCCUGUCUUCACUGAGCCGUCGUAUACGGCAUCAGUUGAUGAAAAUAAAGUCGACGCUCAGAUCUUAACAAUGUCCGUAACGGAUGGUGACGAACCACAUUCCCCAGCCUGGAACGCCAAGUUCACGAUUGUCCAUGGUGAUCCUGGAGGACUUUUUACCGUGAAAACCGGAAUUAACAAACAAGAAGGAAUCCUUUCUACUGCCAAGGGUCUUGACUUUGAGAAGAGCAGCACACACACUUUGUUGAUUGCAGUGGUGAAUGAGAUUCCUUUUGCUGUUCCACUGCCCACUGCCACCGCCACAGUGGUGGUGACUGUGCAGGACGUCAAUGAAGCUCCAGUCUUUGAUCCAGUAGAGAAGCUUGUGGUAAAACCCGAGGACCUUGCCGUUGACAGUAGUGUGGUGCAGUACACUGCUUCUGACCCAGACACUGCACGCAAACAGAAAGUCAUGUAUAAAAUAAUUAGUGACCCUGCUGGCUGGCUGAACGUGGCCACAGAUACAGGCCUGAUUAAAGUAAAAAGUCUCAUGGACAGAGAGGCUGUCUUCGUCAAGGACAACAAAUACACAGCACUCAUUGGUGCAUAUGACAAUGAUGUAGUCCCAGCUACAGGAACUGGUACUCUAAUAAUCCAGCUCCAAGAUGUCAAUGACAAUGCACCCACCGUUGAGGAACGUGCAAUCAAGGUUUGUAACAAACAAUCAGCUCAACAGCUGCUGACGGUAACAGAUAAAGAUGGACCAGGCUUUGGUGCUCCAUACAGCGUCUCUUUACAGGGCAUGGCAGCAAAGAACUGGACCGCUAGGAUGAACGAAUCCAAAACUGGCAUCAUCCUGAAUUUAGUCACAGAGCUAGACAGUGGAGAGUACACUGUGGUCCUGAGGGUUACAGACAACCAGGGUCUGGGGCAGGACAGCACGGUGCAGGCCACAGUGUGUGACUGCGCUGGGGAAGAAGUGUUAUGCAAAGGACGUGUGGCAGGUGGCACUGAUCUGUCUGUAAUCCUGGGAAUACUUGGAGGCAUCCUGUUGCUGCUCAUGCUGGUGUUGCUGCUGCUGCUAUUUGCAAGACGGAGACGAGGAGAAAAGAAGGAACCUCUACUGCAAGACGACGAUAUCAGAGACAACAUUUAUUACUAUGAUGAAGAGGGAGGUGGGGAAGACGAUCAGGACUUUGAUCUGAGCGUUCUCCACCGUGGUUUGGACAACCGGCCCGAAGUGUUCAGAAACGAUGUAGUGCCGAACUUCAUGCCGGCUCCUCAGUACCGGCCUCGCCCCGCCAACCCAGAGGAAAUUGGCAACUUCAUUGAUGAUAACCUGAAGGCAGCCGACAACGACCCAACAGCACCUCCCUAUGACUCCCUGCUGGUGUUUGAUUAUGAAGGGGGUGGCUCUGAUGCAGGAAGCCUCUCCUCUCUGAACUCAUCGAGCAGCGGAGACCAGGACUACAACUGCCUCAAUGAGUGGGGACCCCGCUUCAAGAAAUUGGCAGACAUGUACGGAGGAGGAGAAGAUGAUGACAUGCUGUAAAUGUACCAAAGAUCAAAUAAUUUGGAUAAGCAGAUGCACAUAUGGCUGAAUGUAUGUUUGAUUGAUUAAAGCAUGGACUGAUAAAGGACUGCAUCCCAGUGAAAGUAUAGUACAACCAGUACACCCAACGAUGGGUUUUAUUCGGUUUGAGGGUAUUGACGGUUUAUUGUUGUCAGUACAGUCCUGUUAGCAAUAACAGACACUGCUCAAAAGCCAAAGGAUGUUAUUUUUUUUUUUUUAAUAAAUGAGUUUCCCAUUUUGAAUGGUUAAGCUGUGUCUGUCUUUUAGAUACCUGUUUAAAUCUAGGCUAAAGACUGUUUUCUCUUUAUUUUCUGUUCAUUGAGUCUUGGAGCCAAAUUAUCUGGCUCAUGGUUGAUUUAUGAAUUUUGUGCAGAUAUUUCAGCCUGUGUUGUAGCUUAGUGGGUGACACUGGAUACAUACACAGAUGCUUGCAGUUGCACUGUAACAUUUGUUAUUUUGGCAACGUAUGGUACUUUACAUUUUUUCUGUUUGUUGUGCGUUUUUGUACUACUACUUCAGUUAACUUGCAUUGUUUUGUAUUUCUGUUUGAGGAAUGAAAUUACAAAUGAUUAAGGGGAAUUCUAGCUAGCCAGCCAACACUACAUCACCCUCUGUCAAUGAGGUAUCAAUAAAUGCUUUUUAAAAUGUA